AACCGGAAGUGUUGCUUUCCGUAGCCCUCUUCGGCUGUCAUGACAUUGUCGGCUUGCAAAUGUCCAUCAUCUGUUAAGGAAACGAUGGCCUCGUCGUGGUAGAGCAGCUUUGUGUUGGCUGGACUUUAGCUCGACGCUGGGAGUCUUCCCUGAGCCGACCAUGUGAGGGCUUUCCUCCGCUGUGUGGGAGCUCACUGCCGUAACGUCAGGCGGUAACCGCGGCACUGGCACGAUGACGGCGCGGCGCACCGGUUGGACUGCUCGGGCAUGUCCACUGUCUCUCGCCAUUUUUCUGCUGCUUAGUAGUCUCCAUGUGGGGCAAUCGACUCAUGAGUUUGACCCGUAUAAAGCUCUGGGUGUCACCAGGAGCGCCAGCCAGGCAGAAAUCAAGCGGGCGUACAAGAACCUGGCCAGAGAAUGGCACCCAGACAAGAACAAGGACCCCGGUGCUGAAGACAUGUUUAUAAAGAUUUCUAAAUCAUACGAGAUCCUGUCUAAUGAGGAGCGGAGGGCCAACUUUGACCGCUAUGGGCAGACGGAUGAAAACCAGCCUUUCGGACAGUCCCGGCAUCACGGCUUCCGCCACUUUGACAACAGCUUCUACUUCGAUGAGGCUUUUUUCCAUUUCCCCAGGUCCAGGGACUUUGCAGACAGCAAGUACAUGCUGCACCAUGCCCAGUUUAACAGCGAUGUUCUCCCAGACAGCCACAAGAGGCCAUACCUUAUCAAAGUGACAUCUGAGUGGUGCCUUGCCUGCAUCCACAUUGAGCCUGUGUGGAAGGAGACGGUGCAGGAGCUGGAACCUUUGGGUGUGGGCAUCGGCAUUGUGGACCUGGGCUAUGAGCGCCGCUUGGCCAACCAGCUGGGAGCUUAUCGGGCUCCCUCCAUCAUCGGGCUGGUGAACGGGAGGGUGACCUUCUUCCACCAGGCGGUGGUACGGGAGCACCUGCGCCAGUUUGUGGAGGACCUGCUGCCUCACAACCUGGUGGAGAGGGUCAACGACGACAACUAUCAGGCUUUUCUUGACGGUUGGCAUGUAGGAAAUAAGCCCAGUCUGCUGCUGUUUGACCAGAUUCCUGCUGUGCCUUUUCUGUUUAAGUUGACAGCAUUUGCCUUUAGAGACUACGUGCACUUUGGCUACGUGGAUCAAGGUGAAACACACAACACUAAGCUCCUACGGCAGUUUAACAUCAACACCUACGCUCCCACCAUGCUGUUGUUUAAGGAGGACACAGAGAAGCCUGUAGACAUCAUCCAGGCCAGAGGGAUGAAGAAACAGCUGAUGGACGAGUUUGUUUCGAACAACAAGUUCCUGCAGGUGCCGCGGCUCGUCAACCAGCAGCUUUUUGAUGAGCUGUGUCCUGUUAAACAGUUCCACCGGCGCAGGAAGUACUGUGUGCUCCUCAUCACCGGGGAGGAUGAAGCCUUCCUCCCGGGCAAUAAGGCCUUUGUGGACUUCGCCACGGUUAACAAAAAAGACGUUCUACGGUUUGCAUACGUCUACCAGCGUCAGCAGCAGCCUCUCUGUCAGGCACUUCUACAAACCCAGGCCAGCACCUUUCCUCAGGUGGUGAUUCUGGAGAGGCGGAGUCAGGCAGGCAGGGUGCUGUACCGCUCCGUGAGCGGCGGCUGGAACGGGAGCGAGGAGGACAAGUACCGGCUCCACGAGCAGCUGGAGCUCCUGCAGAAAGACCCCACCUACCUGAGCUCCGACGCAACCUUACCGGAGCUCAACAACGAGAUGGCUCCCAUAUUCAUUGUUCAGUGGAUGAACGCUGCCUACGAUUACAUCCUUCAAAUAUAUGAUGGCCUUCUCUACUCAAACUGGCGAGAGAUGAUGCCCAUUCUGUCCUUGAUCUUCUCAGCUCUCUUUAUUCUGUUUGGUACCGUCAUCAUUCAGGCUUUCAGCGAGCCAAGCGAGAGCAAGCCUCACAAGCCGAAGCCAAAAGAGCAAAACACGAGUCAAACUGAGGAUGACGCGUCAAGCAGAGCAAGUACCUCAAGCCGUCCUCCCAAGAAGGACUUUGUGGAAGUGACCGAGCUGACAGACAUCACCUACACCAGCAACCUGGUCAGACUGAGACCGGGUCACAUCAACGUUGUCCUGGUGCUCACCAAUGCCUCCAAGAACGCCUUGCUCCGGAAGUUUGCCAAGGAGGUUUUCUCUUUCUCUGGCACUCAGACACUCCACUUCUCCUUCCUCAACGCCGACAAGCACCGCCACUGGAUGCCUUCGCUCCUCCGCUCGGCCUGUCCCGCCGGACCGAGCGAAAGCCACUCAGACGACGAGGAGUCCUCCGACUACACGGGCCACGUCCUGGCCCUCAACGGCUACAAGAAAUACUUCUGCCUCUUUAGGCCCGUCUUCACCGGGGACGACCCCAACGACUCGUCGUCCGACACCUCCGACUGCAAGAGGAAAUCGCGCUCCAGGUCCAGGUCCAGCUCCCAUUCCCGCUCCCGCUCCCAUUCCAGGGAAGACGGCGCCGUGCCCAGGAGGGGCUCGAGCCGGGCCACGAGCAUAGAGGUCCACCACAAGCUGGACAGGCUGGGGUUGUGGAUGGAGAGGCUGAUGGAGGGCACCCUGCCCAGAUUGUACGUCUCGUCGUGGCCUACGCUGGACGACGCCUCGACGGAGAGCUGAGGUCCGAGUGAAAAAAACAGCGUCACCUUCUGGUUUGCCUCCUGAACCAAGAAAGCUAAAAAAAAACACAACUGUUUUUUUAAAUAACCGUUUAAGUUCUGUUAGGUAAACGUAGCGCGGCACUGAUCUGCUGGCACCGACGGUGUUGGUGAGCAGCAACACCCUGCAGGAGGAGAGUGAGGGUUAAAAAUGCAAACGUACACAUCGCUUCAUCGUAGUCACAGUCUGUAUGAAGAUGCUGCCGCCGCGUCUGUUAACGCCAGGAAAACUCUUUUGCUAAAGCAGCAGAAACGCUGUUGAGCGUCUGUAUUUGUGUCAAUGCGAUCGAGUACCAUUGGUUUUUAGUUAUUAAUCCGUCAUAAUUACAUCGGGAAGACGGGGUGCAGACACCCCCCUGCUCUGUCGGGGCCCAGACACGAACACUGUUUGCGUCGCAGCUGAAUGCGUUUGAAAAAGGAGCAGAAACAAACACUAAAUGACUAAGAACGAGUAGAAGAGAACAGAGCGACCAGUUCUGAGAAUGAUGAAAACCCCUCCAGAGCCAUGAAAGCUUUUCAGACAUCAUGCUUUAUAUGUGAGAUCUACAUUUAGCCUGUAUAUUGGGUCAUAAAGCGUGGGAUAAUUAACGUCCGAAAAAAAAAUCAGGCACAUGUUGGGCUAAACCCCAGAUACAAUGUUAAACAGCUGUAUGAGCGAGAUCAAGUUGUCUUAAAGUUGCGUUAACGAGCCAUCCACACGCCCACUAGAACUCAUGGCUAAGAGAAUAUAUCAAAAACCUAAUAAGAGAGAAGAACGCCUGAAGCGAAGAGAGAUUUUUCUUUGUUCCUCCUGUCUCUUCUCUUUUCACGUCGGCAUGUCAGCUAUAAGAAUUUGUCUGAGGCGAAGAGAAUGCUGUUUUUCUUCUUAAAUACUAAUUUGUCUUUGUGUGUACACAUCCUUUCUUAAUCUGACCCCGGGAGUUUGAUUCCCUGCCGGAACCGCCAUCUCUUAUUUAUUAGAUGAAGUCAUGCAGUGUGGGAAACGGGCUUUUUUUUUUUUUUUUUU